UAGACAAACCGCCCCCAUCUACAGGUAAAGGAAGAGGAGUGUCAGUGUUAGACUAGCCCUAACCUGUUCUCUCUCUUUCUCCUUCAUUUUCACCUCUGUUACACUGUCUCACUACAUUGGUGCCUUGGGAGACAAGAGAGAGGCUUGUCUCUGCUGUUCUCUCUCUUUUUCUCUCGUUCUCCCUCUCCUGGGACCUAAUGCAGUAGCGCCCCUAUACCAGGCGGAGUAGGAACCCGCUAAGGCUCAACAACGGCACAGUAUGGGUGACGAAAGCUACAACUUUGUCUUCAAAGUGGUUCUGAUUGGUGAGUCUGGUGUUGGGAAAAGCAACCUGCUGUCUCGCUUCACCAAGAAUGAGUUUAACCACGACAGCCGCACCACCAUCGGAGUGGAGUUCAGCACUCGCACUGUUCAGCUGGAUACCUUCGCCAUCAAGGCUCAGAUCUGGGACACGGCAGGGCUGGAGAGAUACAGAGCCAACACCUCCGCGUACUACAGAGGGGCGGUGGGGGCUCUGCUGGUGUAUGAUAUCACCAAGCAUCUAACCUAUGAGAGUGUGGAGUGUUGGUUGAAGGAGCUGUACGACCACACCGACCCCCACAUGGUGGUCAUGCUGGUGGGCAACAAGAGUGAUCUGGAUACCCUGAGGACCGUGCCCACCGAGGAGGCCAAGGACUUCACAGAAAAGAAUGGCCUCUUGUUUAUGGAGACGUCAGCUCUGGAUUCUACCAACGUUGAAGCUGCUUUCCAGGAAGUUCUCACAGCGAUCCACAAGAAGGUGGCCAGUCGAGAGGUGCCCCGCGUGUCCAUCACUGCCUUGACCCUGUCCAGUACUAUUGGAACAGCUAGCGACGCCCAGGAGAAACGCAGUACCUGCUGCAAGAACCUCUGACUGGUUCUGACCAGGUUUGACCUGUUCUAUCUGAUUAUCUUCAGUUCUACACAGAAUCUUCCUAAUCUGCCCUCAUUCAGGUUAAAGGAAAUAGUGUAUAGGACUGUCCAAACCAAAGACCAGGCAAGUCAAAUCAAGUCACAUUUAAUUUACAGUGCAUUUCACAAUUCUCAGCAAGACAGAUUUAAGAGACAUGCCACAUUUAUGUACAGUUGAUCAAUGUUGACACUAUUGGUGCUACUGCUUGGCUAAAUGUUGCUGACCACAACAUAUUUGGGUGGAUUUUUUCUUCAUCUGUAUGUUAUUAUACAGCAAAUAAAUCUUGAUUUGGUAUAUUCGAAAGGAGGAACUACAUUAUUUUGGUAUAUACAUCAAGUCAGGAUGACCACAUAAAAAAAAAUCGCAAAUGCGGAACAGCGGUAUGAUUUGCGUGAUAUUCGAGUGACAAUGUAGCUUACACACACACACACACACACACACACACACACACACACACACACACACACACACACACACACACACACACACACACAAAUCCCCCUCCCGCUGCACUAACAGAGCUAAUUGAAUAGCACGUAGCAUAGUCUUUUGCCUCUUGCAAAAUUUGGUGAUGCAGAAACGAGAGACCACUUUUGUGGCUGUUUUAUGAAAAUCUGCAAAUAUUUGGCCAAGGAAACGUUUCUUGUUGGUCUCAAGGAAUGUAAAACAGUUAGGAUGGGAGACUUAAAACCUCUCUGGGAUAGGGGGCAGCAUUUUCACUUUUGGAUAAAUAGUGUGCCCAAUUUCAACUUCCUGCUACUCAUGCCAAGAAUAUAAGAUAUGCAUAUUAUUAGUAUGAGUAUAACAGAACUUAUGUAGCAGGCAAAACCCAGAGGACUAACCAUUCAGAUACAUAUUUUUUGAGGUCACUGUCUAUUCAAUGAGUUUUCAUUGGGAAACAAGAUUUCUAAGACACUUGUUUGCAGUUCCUACCACUUCCACUGGAUGUCACCAGUCUUUGGAAAUUGGUUGAGGUUAUUCCUUUGUGUAAUGAAGAAGUACGGCCAUCUUGAAUUUGGGUCAUUUGAAGUGGACUUUUUGAGAAGGCCCCUGACUGGAAAAGUAGCAUGAGAUUGUUGUCUUCCUGUAUUGAACACAGCUUGUCCCGUCUACAAUUUGAUCGAUUAUUAACGUUUAAAAAUAACUCAAGUUGUAUUACAAAAGUAGUUUGAAAUGUUUUGGCAAAGUUUACAGGUAACUUUUGAGAUAUUUUGUAGAAAUCUCUCCUCCUUCAGCCUUCUUCUUCUUUGGACUUUAUAUGGCGCUUGGCAAUCAAUUAAGGUGCAUUACUACCCCCAGCUGGACUGGAGUGUGGACCUCAAUUAAUCUUUCAAUCACCCACGUUGGUAUAUGCUCCAAAAAAACAAUGAGGAGAUGGGAGACUUGCAGUGCCUCAAGCUUCACCAAUAAAACCACGUUAUAUCUUAGUGCCUAGCUAUGCAGACACUCGUUGAUGCGAGCGAGCCGUGUGUGUGCAACUAUUGAAUAACAUGUAUGUGUACAUUUAUUUUGCGACACAGGCUGUGUGGUCUGCAUGUGAGAGAUUGCUGAGUACUCUGUCAUUCACUCUCACUAUUAUCCUCCAGAGGGCAGUGCUGUUUAAAAUACAUCUACGGUGGUGUGAGGACUCAACAAAAUGGUGUCUCCAUAGGUCUACAUUUGAUACGUAAUUCCUUAUCACACAUAUUUCCUUCAGUAUUUUCUGAAUGAAUAAACAUCAUAAACACAGAUAAAUGUUUGAUCGGUCUUAUUAUGGGACUUUGACCUCAUCUACAUUUCGAUUGAGUCAGUCUGAGCGUGGUGUCUUGGUAAGUGUUUGUGUUGGUCAAGGCCCAUGUCAUUGUCUCAUAACACCCACAUACUGUGUCGUUCUCUGUCAAACACACCUGUUUUAAUGGUACCUGGUUAGAGAGGACAGCAGUGUCAAUGGAGGGAGCGAUUCAUUCUCACAAACAAUACUAGUCAAACGUUUGGACACACCAACUCAAGUUUUUUCUUUAUUUUACUAUUUUCUAAAUUGUAGAAUAAUAGUGAAGACAUCAAAACUAUGAAAUAACAAAUAUGGAAUCAUGUAGUAACCACAAAACUGUUCAACAAAUCAAAAUAUAGUUUAUAUUUGAGAUUCUUCAAAGUAGCCAGCCUUUGCCUUCAUGACAGCUUUGCACAUGCAUGGCAUUCUCUCAACCAUCUUCACCUGGAAUGCUAUUCCAACAGUCUUGAAGGAGUUCUCACAUAUGCUGAGCAUUUGUUGGCUGCUUUUCCUUCACUCUGCAGUCCAAUUCAUCACAAACCAUCGGGUGAUUGUGGAGGCCAGGUCAUCUGAUGCAGCAAUGCAUCAUUCUCCUUCUUGGUCAAAUAGUCCUUACACAGCCUGGAGGUGUGUAGGGUCAUUGUCCUGUUGAAAAACAAAUGAUGGUCCCACUAAGAGCAAACCAGAAGGGAUAGUGAAUCCCUGCAGAAUGCUGUGGUAGCCAUGCUGGUUAAGUGUGCCUUGAAUUCUAAAUAAAUCACUGACAGUGUCACCAGCAAAGCACCAUCACGAAAAGUCAAAAAGUUCCGUUACAGUCCGUAGAAACAUGUCAAACGAUGUAUAGAAUCAAUCUUUAGGAUGUUUUUAACAUAAAUCUUCAAUAAUGUUCCAACCGGAGAAUUCCUUUGUCUGUAGAAAAGCAAUGGAACGUGAGCUACCUCUCACGUGAACGAGUGUCACGGGUUUGUGGCACUCUGCCAGACCACUGACUCAAAGAGCCCUUAUGAGCCCCUCUUACAGUAGAAGCCUCAAGCAAGUUUCUAAUGACUGUUGACAUCUAGUGGAAGCCUUAAGAAGUGCAAUUUGACCCCGUAGACACUGUGUUUUCGAUAGGCCAAACUUUGAAAAACUACAAACCUCAGAUUUCCCACUUCCUGGUUGGAUUUAUCUCAGGUUUUUGCCUGCCAUAUCAGUUUUGUUAUACUCACAGACAUCAUUCAAACAGUUUUUGAAACUUUUCUAUCCAAAUCUACUAAUAAUAUGCAUAUAUUAGCAACUGGGUGUCACACCCUGACCAUAGUUUGCUUUGUAUGUUUCUAUGUUUUGUUUGGUCAGAGUGUGAUCUGAGUGGGCAUUCUAUGUUGUGUGUCUAGUUUGUCUAUUUCUAUGUUUGGCCUGAUAUGGUUCUCAAUCAGAGGCAGGUGUUAGUCAUUGUGGUCCGCCUCUCCUUCCCAGGGAGAAUCCCGUUACACUAGGACUGUGUAGCAGGCAGUUUACUCUGGGCACGCUUUUCAUCCAAACGUGAAAAUGCUGCCCCCUAUCCCAAACAGGUUAAGGCCUUGUAAGUAAGCAUUUCACUGUAAGGUGAACACCUGUUGUAUUCGGCGCAUGUGACAAAUACUUCUUUUUUUUGAUAAAGUAAUGAUGGACUGUCAUUUCUCUUUGCUUAUUUGAGCUGUUCUUGCCAUAAUAUUGACAAGGCCUUUUACCAAAUAGGUCUAUCUUCUGUAUACGACCCCUACCUUGACACAACACAACUGAUUGGCUCAAACACAUUAAGAAGGAAAGAAAUUCCACAAAUAAAAUUAAAAAGGCACGCAUGUUAAUUGAAAUGUAUUCCAGGUGACUAACUCACAAAGCUGAUUGAGAGAAUGUCAAGAGUGUGCAAAGCUGUCAUCAAGGCAAAGAGUGGCUACUUUGAAGAAUCUCAACUUUAACAUAUAUUUUGAUUUGUUUAACACUUUUUUGGUUACUACAUGAUUCCAUAUGUGUUAUUUCAUAGGUUUGAUGUCUUCACUAUUAUUCUACAAUGUUGAAAAUAGUAAAAAUAAAGAAAAACCCUAGAAUGAG